AUGGUGCCCCUUCCUGCAGGUUAUUCCUCCCGCAACGACUCUUCACUUUCAUUACGCACUCGUCGCAACAUGAACGAAGAAGAAGAGCACUUGAUCAGCCAAGAUUACUCGGAACAAGAUCACUUUCUCGAGAAGGAAAACAACAAUUCAACAAGACGACCUCGUGGUUUUUGGGAUGUCGACGAAGACUUUGACGACGAAGAGUUGGGAGAGCCACACCACCACCAACUUCAACAUAAAAAGAGUAUAUGGUAUCAUUUACGAUUCGCAUUCAUUGGCAUUGGUAUUGGUCUGCUUUUCUUGAUCCUGAAACUAUCAGUGAUGGCUGUUGGACAUCAUGGAGAGCAUAUGCGACCAGUUGAACGUUUAUAUUCCAAUGGCACCCAUCAAUUUGCCCCGACGCUGAUUUUGAUCUCUUUGGAUGGCUUCAGAAACGACUAUCUCAACCGCAAUGUCACUCCUCAUCUUUCACAAUUUGCAUCCCAAGGUAUCCGUGCAGAGUAUAUGAAUCCUUCUUUUCCGUCUAUCACAUUUCCCAAUCAUUGGACACUCGCCACUGGUCUAUAUCCUGAAGCGCAUGGCAUCGUCGGCAAUGAAUUCUAUGAUCCCCAGCUACAAUCCAUGUUCAUUCACAAACGACCCGCAAUCAGCUCACAAUCUCGAUGGUGGGGUGGUGAACCCAUUUGGACAACAAGCAAACUUCAAGGACGCAAGUCGGCUGUAAUCAUGUGGCCCGGUUCUCCAGUGCCGAAGUUUGAACCCGAUUACUUUGUUGAUUAUGAACGUGGCAUCACGGCGCAACACAAGAUGGAGACAGCAUUAGGAUGGCUUGACAUGCCAUUUGAAGAGCGACCCCAAAUGAUUUCAAUCUAUGUGCCCCAAGUGGAUCAAAAAGGACAUGGUGGUGGUCCUGAAGGUGGCCAGCUCAAUGGUGUAUUGACUCAAAUGGAUGAUGCCGUUGGUUUCUUGCUGAAAGGGCUCAAGGAGAGAAACUUGGAUUCACAUGUCAACAUUGUCAUUGUCAGCGACCAUGGCAUGGCUCAAACGGACAAAUCAAGAUUGAUAUUUUAUGAGGACAUUCUUUCCAAGGAGACACUAUCGCAUUUACGACAACGUGAGGCAUGGCCAUUGUUAAGUCUUCGACCCAAAGAUGAUGCACCUGAAGACACCGUCAAUCGAGUGUACGAGGAGCUUUACAACUAUACCCAAAGCGUAGACGAUGCCCACUUUCAAGUGUAUCUUCGAGAAGAUGUGCCCGAACGAUUCCAUUAUCGUGGUACUGAACGUAUUGCACCCAUCGUCACCAUCCCUGAUGUCGGCUACUCGAUCAUCUCUCAUAAGGAUUACAACAUUACCUCUGGAAAGCCAUACCGACCGAUGGGUAUCCAUGGAUACGACAACCUUGCCAUGGAAAUGAGAGCUAUCUUUAUGGCACGUGGUCCUCGAAUAGAUCAAUGGUACAGCAAAGGCACAAUCGUUGCACCGUUUUUCAAUGUUGAAGUCUAUGGAUUUGUUGCCAAGAUCCUCAACCUUGACCCAGCACCCAACAAUGGCACUCUCAAUGGAGAACUCGUCCCCAUCGCAUAA